AACCCUUUGGUAAGUCAAAUCCAACGAUCAGACUGUUUCCUAUCACUUUGCAUGACUCAGUAUGGGUACUAUGAAUAGCUUAGAAGGUCCCGCAAAUAAUUUUGAUGCAAGGGCUGGCCAUCAUCGGGCCGACCCAAGUCGGUGGGCUGUUGAGCGCUGCAUUGUUCGGUUGCCUUGCCUGCCAGUCCUACUUGUAUUUUGAAAGAUUCACAAGCGAUCACAUUGCCCUGAAAACAAUUGUAUCUGCAGUCAUAUUGAUCCAGUUGGGCCACUUCGCCUGCAUAAUAUCAACGUUGUGGACAAUGACUGUCAGCACCUAUGGUGACCCAUCUCGACUCGAUGUCCUUCCUCUAGCGGCAGACAUAGCCAUCCCGUUGAGCGGUUUUACAGUAUUUGGUGUGCAGUCAUUUUACGCAUUUCGACUUUGGAGGUUGUCUGGAAAUGUUUUCUUACCCAUUCUUUGCGAAAUGCUCUCCGUGGUUGCACAAACAUCCACACUCAUUCUCUCAGCAAGGGCGGUUUCUAUGACAGAUAUCACGGCUUUUGAAGACAGUCAAAUUGUGUUGAUCGCGCUCUCUUGGAUUGCACGUGGAACCUGCGACUUGAUCACCACUGCUGGCAUCUCUUGGAGUCUGAAAAACAAACGAGGCUCUGAUUUCAGAGACAUGAUGGCGAUGAUCGACCGGUUGCUUUAUUGGACACUUGAAACUGCUCUGGUCACCAGUUUGAUGGCUAUUAUAGUGACAGUGUUGUUUUUAGCCCAGAAACAGAACUUUGUAUGGUUUGGAGUAUGGUUGAUGUGGCCUAAUGUCGUAGGGAACUCAUUGUUAGCCUCGUUGAAUCGGCGGUUACUCCUUCGAGAGUUUCGGAGGGCCUCAAGAGGUGAUGCCCAGAGUCAUGACAGUGGUUCGAACGCGAUUAUGUUCAGAGCCGGUCCAGGAGCCACGCAAUCACGGACAGACUCACUAGAGAACUUAACGAACCGAGAUGUUGAAGCAUUCCAAGAAGCAGGACGCUUGAUCAAUCAGGAUCAAAGGCGGGUUUCGAAGCCUGCAGUGGUCCAUAUGCGAGCAUGUGUUUCAACAAACGACGAAACUCAUUGCUGAUCAUGGGGCUAAUGUACGACGAUACCAUGUGCUCUUCG